AUACACGUGCAUUUAAAACGAUUUAUAACGAUCACGUUGUAUAUAGUACAGUACUGUGAGCAGGAUGUUAGGAUGAUUACACAACAUUAAUUUCGUUCUUUGUUGGGAUUCCCGAAAAUAUAAUAUAAUAUAUAUAAUUUAGAUAUGUACAAAUGCACGAUGCAACAUGCAAAUUUGGUAUACAUACGUUUGAGUGAUGUCACGUCACUAAAUUUGUAAAAGAAGCUAGCAAUUAAAAAGCUUUCAAACGAUAAAUUUUAUGGUCCAAUUAAAAGAAUUACCUGGAAAUGCGAACCGAUAAGUUUCAUGUGAUUAAAUUGUUGACCUUUCUUUUUUGUCUAUAAAUUGGAGCUAUCAAUAUGAAAAAAAUUAUUUCCCAAGGCGUGAUGAGAUUUUACGUACUUUUCACGAUUCUGUUGAUUUAUACGCGACUGUCAUAUGGUGAGAUAUCUUCGCCUGAAGAAUGCGCACGAGACUGCAGAGACAAUGAAGAACCUAAAAAUUGCUAUUACCGCUUUCACAUUGAAUUCUACACAACAAUAGGACCAGCUUGUAACUAUACCUUCUUGGAUCAGUGUAUCAUAGGGGAUGGAUUUGAAAAGACCUUAAUACCCAUAAAUCGACAGUUGCCAGGGCCAUUGAUCAAGGUGUGUGUCAAUGAUCGCAUUAUAGUGGACGUGGAGAAUGCCGCUUCAGGGAAUGAAGUUACGUUACAUUGGCAUGGAAUUUUCCAAAAUGGUUAUCAAUAUUACGAUGGUGUUCCUUAUGUUACACAAUGUCCAAUUCCAUCUUCUACGACAUUUAGAUAUGAUUUCGUAGUGAAGAAUUCGGGUACGCAUUUUUACCAUUCCCAUAUAUCGACGCACAUGCUAGAUGGACAAUAUGGUGGUCUUAUUGUCAGAGAUCCACCGUCUAAAGAUCCUCAUUAUCAAUUAUUUGACAAAGAUGAGAUUAUCAUAUUUCUAAGUGAUUGGAUGCACGAAUUAUCGGCAGAACGUUUUCCUGGUUGGUAUUGGCAUGACUUAGGACAAACUGCGAAAAAUAUACUUAUAAAUGGUUUAGGACAAGCGACGGACCCAAUUGACAUUACUAAGGCCCAGAUUACCAAUGGAUCGUUAACGGAAUAUACCGUUAAAAAGGGAGAACGGCAUAGAAUACGACUGAUUAAUUCUUUUACCACAGUGUGCUUGGCAGAACUUAGAAUCGAACAACACGAAUUAGUGGUAAUUGCUCAAGAUGGUGCAAACGUGAAACCUAAACCAGUGGAUAAAAUCGUCACGUCUACAGGUGAGCGCGUCGAUUUCAUCCUAACUGCAAAUCAAGAUGUUGAUUCUUACUGGAUACAAGUGCUUGGUCUGGGAGAAUGCAACGGAACGCGGCGCGUACAGCAGUUUGCUAUCUUACAAUAUGAAGGAGGUCCUACGUGGCCGACAAGACCACAGCCUUCUUACGCGGAUGGAGAGAGUGCAACGGGUGUUACGUAUAAUCCACUUGAGUCGACCUGCGAUGAAAAUAAUACGGAUGUUUGUGUAAAUCAAUUAGAAGGGAUAGAUGUCGAUCCCGAUCUUUUGAAUGUUGAGCCAGAUGAAAGGCACAUAUUACCAUUUUGGUUUUUCAAUUAUACUCGAUAUGAUGACAAAAUAUUAUUUGGAUCAGACACAUACCGUACCUUCAUUGAUGUAAAUGAUUUCUCCCAGAUUAUUUCAACUUUCAAUGAAAUCGCAUACGAGAGUCCAGCAUCGCCUUUACUAACGGAGCCUCGUUCUUACCGAACCGUGUGCAAGAAAAAUGUACAAAAUAGUUGUACUGAACCUUGCACGUGUGCUCAAGUUAUCAACACAAAAUUAAACAAUAUCGUGGAAUUAAUAAUAUACGAUGCAGUACGAGUGGAAGACCUGCAUCAUCCAUUCCACUUGCAUGGCUAUGAAUUCAAAGUAUUUACCAUUGGGCAGUUUUUAUCUAGUAAAAAUAUUUCGAGAGCAAACAUAGAUGAAGUGAUAAAACAGCACACAGAACGUCUUGAAAAAGGAGAAUAUAAAAAUCCACCUGGUAAAGACACCGUUAAAAUUCCAAUGGGCGGAUAUGUAAUUAUACGUUUCAAGGCGAAUAAUCCAGGUUGGUGGUUACUUCAUUGCCACUUUACUUGGCAUCAUAUUACUGGAAUGGAACUGGUCAUUCACGUAGGGGAUAGAAACGAUCUUCCACCAGUUCCAUACGGUUUCCCGGAAUGUUCAAAUUGGACACCAGCGUUACAUACUUUGAACAAUUUUUAUGGUAUUAGAUAUCCUUAAGUUUGAUAAUUUCAUUCUUUAUUAUUCUUUCCAAUAUGCCAAAAAUUUAUCUUUUCCAA